AUGAGUGAUGGAAUAUCACCUGACGUCGCCUCACUCUACGCCGCGAUACAAAAGUCGAAUUCUUCCCUGAAACGGCGGCCCAAGAAGAUCAUCCAAGCCAGCGUGGAGCGUGUCCUCGAAUUCAUGGGCAUUGGCGACGACGAAUUCGACUCCGAGGCAGCAAUCGAUGACAUGAUACCAGACACGGAUCCAGUGGCAGAGUUGAUGAACAAAAGCUUGAGAGCGAAUCUCGCAGCUCGUCCUGUGGCUUCGAGCGCUUCAGCAGAGACCAUGCCAACGAAGCGUAGGUCGAAUGGAGAAUCCCCUGCGAAGCGACAGAAGCGCACGACCGAAGAAUUGUCCAGCGUAGCCGCGCCAAUGGAUGUCUCUCUUUCAGAUGUUGGCGGCAUGGACACUAUGAUCAAGCAAAUGACACGACAGCUUGUAAUGCCGAUUGGACGAGCUGCCAAAUUCCAUGAAGCCAGAUACCCGAUGCCGAAGGGCAUCCUACUGCAUGGACCUCCGGGCUGUGGAAAGACAAUGCUUUGCCGUGCCUACGCGGCGGAGCUCAAGGUACCAUUCAUCGAAAUACUCGGACCAUCAAUCGUCUCUGGGAUGAGCGGCGAAUCAGAAAAAGCUGUCCGCGAGAAGUUCGACGAAGCGAAACGAAAUGCUCCGUGCCUGCUAUUCAUCGAUGAGAUCGACGCCAUCGCUCCCAAGCGCGAUACAAGCCAAAGCCAGAUGGAAAAGCGCAUCGUUGCACAGCUACUGGUCAGCAUGGACGACCUGCAAAAGGACCCUUCGAAACCUGUCAUAGUGCUUGCAGCAACAAAUCGCCCCGACAGCUUAGAUCCAGCUUUGCGACGUGGAGGGAGAUUUGGAUCUGAAAUCAAUCUCAAUGUCCCAAACGAGCAAGUGAGGAAACGGAUCCUCGAAACUCAGACCAGAGAAAUGCUCAUCGAUAGUGACGUGGACUUCGCGAAACUUGCCAAGAUGACUGCUGGGUUUGUGGGUGCAGAUUUACUGGAUCUCGUGGGCAAAGCUGCGGCUCAUCAGAUGGAGCGCUAUCAGACCGCUCUGGAGGACCAGGCUGAUGCACUUGGUCUUCCGAUUCGUCACUCGAGUAGUGACAGCCUUGCGGUUGUGCAGACACGCCGACUCAUCGCCCGCCUUGAGAAGACCGACCUUCCGGACCCACCGGGAUUCGAAAAAUUGUCCCUCUCCAUGAAAGACUUUGUAUCAGUCCUACCAGAGAUGACACCUUCGUCAAAGAGGGAAGGAUUUUCGACCGUGCCUGACGUAUCAUGGAAAGACAUUGGUGCUUUGGAGAGCGUCCGCGCUGAGCUGCAACGAGCGAUCGUCAACCCGAUCGACAAGCCUGCCAAAUACGAGCGCUUUGGAAUGAACACGCCACCAGGCGUGCUACUCUGGGGACCGCCUGGUUGUGGUAAGACGUUGCUCGCAAAGGCGGCGGCAGCAGAGAGCAAGGCGAACUUCAUCUCUAUCAAAGGUCCCGAGCUUCUGAACAAGUUCGUUGGAGAGUCCGAAGCAGCUGUACGAAAAGUCUUCACCCGAGCAAGAUCCAGCGUCCCUUGUGUCAUCUUCUUCGAUGAACUCGACGCACUUGUGCCGAAGCGCGAUGAGGCCGGAUCAGAAGCCAGCUCUCGUGUUGUGAACACUCUUCUUACGGAGCUGGACGGCCUCAGUGUUCGAGCGGGAAUAUACGUGAUCGCGGCUACGAACAGACCUGACAUGAUCGAUGAAGCGAUGCUGCGACCAGGAAGACUUGGUACGACACUGUUCGUGGACCUACCGGGACCGGAGGAACGAGUGGACAUUCUGAGAGCUAUUAUCGGCAGCAAACCAUGCGCAUUUACGCCCGAGAUUGCCAACAUCGCCCGCGGUGAAGGGAGUGAAGGCUACAGUGGCGCGGAUAUGGGAGCUCUGCUCCACGAGGCAAUUAUGCAUGCCAUAGACCGCGAUGCAGACUCCAUCGAGGUGGAGGAUUUCAAAUUCGCAACUGGGCGGAUCAAGCGAUCCGUAAAGGAUGUGAGAAAAUACCGCGAGCUACAGAAGACGUUCGGUCAGCGUUGA